UGCAGAGAACGGCACUUCAGACAGAGAAGGCAUACCCCACAGAAACGAGCUGAGAGCCAGUGUGGUGCUGGGUAAAACCAUGAAGAGCUUGAAGGCCAAAUUUAAAAAGAGUGAAAGCCAGGACUGGAACAAAAGCGAUGAGCGGCUGCUGCAGGCGGUGGAGCAGAAUGAGCCCGAUAAAGUCACCGCCCUGCUGGUGAAGAAGGGGCUCUGCGCCUAUAAGCUGGAUGCUGAGGGGAAAUCAGCGUUUCAUGUCUGCGCUAUGCGUGGCCGUGUGGACUGCUUGGAGGCCAUCCUGUCUCACGGGGUUGACAUCAACUCCACCGAUGGCACAGGUUUCAAUGCCCUUCACUUGGCAGCCAAAAAUGGCCACCCUGAGUGUGUGAAGAGACUGCUGCAGGAGAGAGUGCCCGUGGACUCCACGGACAGCUUUGGCAGGACAGCUCUGCACCAUGCAGCUGUGAGUGGAUGCCUGUCCUGCACUGAGACUUUGUGGGAUUUCAAGGCCUGCCUGGACGCUCAGGAUAGGGAUGGGGCGACCCCACUGCUCCUGGCUGCCCAGAUGAGCCGUGUCGAGCUGUGUGCCUUCCUGCUGGACCGUGGGGCUAAUGCCAACCUACAGGACAGCCAGGGCAGGUCAGCCCUGAUGCUCGCCUGUGAGAGUGACAGCACAGAGACAGUGGAGGUGUUGCUGAGGGCCGGGGCGGACCCCCGGCUGACCGACGCCCUGGGGCACAGCGCCACCCACUACAGCGUCACAGCUGGAAAUGAGCAGAUCACACGGCUGCUGCAGUCCGCUGCCCGAGGCACAGGUAACAUCAGAGAGGCCCAGCCCCCUGCUCCCCCACCCCUUCCAGGGGGGGCCACGCCCCGCAAGAGGAAGGCCCCCCCUCCACCACGCUCCCCUCCCCAGGUAUGAGAGGGGGUUCAGGGUCAGUUAGGAGAUCCCCCACCCACACCGGAACCCCAGAGCCCCCUUCCCCCUGCUCAGUCCCCAGAAACACAGCGUCCCCCUCAGGCCAGCAUUACGGAGGAUGAGGAGGUGUUUGAGGAGAUCCGCAGGCUGAGGUUGGAGAGAGGACGUCUCCUGCAGAAGAUCAAGGGUCUGGAGCAACAGCAGCAAAGCGCCCACGUUGCGCAGGAGGAGCUGUGUGUUCUACGGGAGCGUUUGGAGCGGGCGGAGGCGGAGCGGGACAGGCUGCAUGUAGAGGUAGAGGAGCUGAGGAGCAUGCAGGGGGCCGGCAGCCUCAGCGACUCUGAGGUCACAGAGGACAUGCUGGACUUUCCAGGUGCAGAGAGGCUGCUCUCCAGGCAAUCCCGGGCCUCAGAGCCAGAGUCUCUCUGUGUUACGGAAGACUGCACCUCUCAGGGGGAGCCUGACUCUAUGUGCCUCUCUCAGAGCCAGGUGGACCCCGAGUCUCUGGCUUCCCUUCAGAGACAGGUGGAGGAGCUGACGGCAGCCAACGCUGACCUGGUCCUCAAAGUCCAGAUGCUGGAGACAUUCGAGAAGGACGACACGAACAUGCAGAGCUCCAGCCCAGACUUUGUGCCCACUGUUCUGUAUGACUCUCUGCGGAAGGAGUUUGAGGAGCUGCAGGAGCGCUACUCCCAGGCCCAGGCUGCAGCCGAAGCGGCCAGCAUGUCAGAGGAGCAGGGGUGAGAGGAGCAGGGCGGAGGUGAAGGGGAGCAGACUGAGACAGGGGAGACGGAGAGUGCUGUGGAGCUGAGGAAGAAGCUGCGGGGGGUGGAGGAGCAGUUGUCCCAGACCCAGACAGAGCUGGGGGAGCUGAGGGAGCAAGUGAAGGUUGGGGUGUUCUCCGUGGAGCAGGCUGGGGACAUAGUCAGCGAGUCCCAGCCUGAGGGCGACAGCCAGGAGACACAGCAGCUGAGGGACAGGGUGAAGGAGCUGGAGGCGGCGCUGACAGAGAGACAGGAACAGGUGGAGGGGCCGGAGGAGAGUGACACAGUGAAGCAGCUGCGGGGGAAGGUGGAGGAACUGCAGGCAGCUCUGGCUGAGAGAGAGUCGGAGAAGGAAGCGGAGAAGGACACCGGCGAAGACGAGAGGGUGAGGCAGCUCACAGAGAGAGUGAGCGAGCUGGAGGCAGCCGUGGCAAACAAGCCGGACAAGGGAGCGAGGGAAGGGGGGGAGGAGGAGGUGCGGAGGCUGCAGGCCAGGCUGAACGAGCUGCGGGAUAGCGUUCCCCGGGCGGAGCUGGAGGAGGCGCAGCUCACCAUGGGGCUGCAGCUGGAGCAGCUGGCGCGGGAGCGGGCGGAGGUGGCCAUGCGCCUCAACGAGGCCCUGCUGGAGCUGGAGAGGCUCAGGCCGCCGCCACAUGAAGAGGGGGAUGACGAUGAGGAAGAUGAGGAAGAGAGGUCCGAGGGGUCAGACCCCUCCAUCACAUCAGACCGCUCUGUGCAGAUGUCCGGGGGCCAGACCUUGGCAGCUGUGAGAGAGGAGCUGGAGGUGGCGCGGCAGGAGGCGGCACAGGCUCUGGACACCCUGUGCGCGGAACGAGAAGAGCGGGCACAGGACGCCCUUCAGCUGAUGGAUGCAGUACCCCUGUCUCAGCACCAGGAGGCAGUGUCCGCACUCGCAACUCAGCUGGCCCAGGCUGUCCAGGAGCUGGAGGGAGAGAGAGCUCUACGAGAACAUGCUCAACAGGAAAUAUCCAGGCUGGAGGCGGAGUUAAGGACUGUCCAGCAGGGCGUAAUACCACGAGAGGAGCAUGAAAAGAUCAAGGCGGCCCUGCAGCGCUCCCUGGAGGAGAGUGAGAGCAGCGUCCAAGCGGCGCAGGAUGCCCUGAGCACCAAGGAGAUGGAGCUGAGGGAGCUGAAAUCCCAGAAAGCCGCGGAGCAGGGAUUCGUGUCCAAAGAGGACCACGAGGCCCAGCGCCUGUCCCUGCAGGCUGAGAUCAUCACCCUCACGGCCCGGCUGGGAGACCUCACGCGCAAGCACGAGAAGACCUGCACCGAGGUGUUCCAGGUGCAGAGGGAGGCUCUGUUCAAUAAGAGCGAGCGGCAGGCGGCUGAGGCCCAGCUGGCCGUAGUGCAGCAGCAGCUCACAGACCUGCAGGCCCAGUCCACGCAUGUGCAGGAGCUGCAUAAAGACAUCCAGGACUCCCAGGGUCUGAUCAAGGAGAGGGACCGCAAGAUCACAGAGCUUUCCAAGGAAGUGUUUCGCCUAAAGGAGGCCCUGGGUGCUCUGACACCCCCGCUGGGCCUGCCCUCCUCAGGCUGUCCCGGCCAGCAGAUGGCACUGCAAAACCGUGUGACUGCACUGACACACCAACUCCAGGACUGGGAACGGAAGCACCGGGCUGUGGUAUCUGUGUAUCGUUCUCACCUUCUGGCUGCUGUACAGGGCCGGAUGGAUGAGGAGGUGCAGACCUUGUUACUUCAGAUCCUGAGGAUGACACAGAAGGAGCAGGGCCACUGACUCCCCUCCCCAGGGUAGAGCAGGACACCGUGCAGCUGGAACUAGUGCUGGGCCAUACUGUAAGAGAGAAGACUGCAAGAGAACCCUCAACUAUGCGCUGCUUUGGACAAAGUAUUACUGUGGGUUAGAAGCAGGACUGAACAUAGUUACUGUACACUGGGCUUGAGGAUUCAAUGCCCCCUCAUAAUAACAAUGGACAAAAGUUUUUGCACUUUUAAUUGAGGGUUCUUCUGAAUCCUCUGAUGUGCCGACAGAAAGUGCUUUUUUGAUGACAGACACAACUUUUGCUCAAGUGAAUGUAUCCUGACUUGGAGAGUGGAUGAUUCAGUGAAAGAUUAGCAUUUGAGAAGUUUCAUUCAAUAGUGGGUGUUCCCCCAUUGUCUGCUA